CGUCAACUGUUUUUCUCGCCACUAUGGAUCCUUCGUAUAUGGACAGGAAGAUCAUCGACCUGAGCGAGGAAGAGCUCACGUCUUUCCUCGGCCCAAACGUCGCUCCAGGCGUCCGCGUUAUCGUCGAUGAAGUGAGGGCCAACCCCACCUACCUGGGCUUCGUGAACUGCUUCGCGGUAGACUGCCUCAAUCGCAGGUACUCGGUCCCGGUCGGUCCAAAGAACGCCCCUGUCUCUACUAACUCUCCCACACCUAUGUCAGGCGGGUCCGAAAAGGGGGCCUGAAUGGCCCCUGAGGGCUUCCCCUUUAAUUGGAAAUUUGUAAUGUACCAAGUCGAAACGCGCAACGCGUCCAUGCAUGUAAA